AUGGCGUGGCGGCGGCGGCGCGUCCCAGCCAAUGGCGCGGCGGCGGCGGCGCGGCUCCGCCAAUGGGGGGCGGCGGCGCGGCGGGCGGGAAGCAGCGGGGCAGGCGGGGGGGCGCCGGCGGGAGGCGGCGCCGCCGCAGCGCUCAGGGAGCUCGGCCCCGCCGCCUCACCGCGCUCCGCCGCCGCGCUCCCCGGCCCUCCGGCCCCGCACCGGCUCUCCAUGUACGACAACUUGUACCUGCAUGGGUUUGAAGACUCGGAGGCGGUCUCUGGCAGCACGGAGCCCCCGGUGCCGCGGUCGGACGCCGCGGUUCGGGAGCGUUCCCCGCCGGUGGCCGAAAUCCCAGGGGAUUGGAAGGGACCUCUGGAGAUCUCCCAGUCCAAGCCCCUACCAAGGCAGGGUUACCUGGAGUUGGUGACAGAGGAAUGGAUCCAGGGCUCAGCAGAUUCGUACACGAGCAGACCCUCAGACUCUGAUGUCUCUCUGGAAGAGGACAGGGAAGCAAUCCGCCAGGAAAGGGAGCAGCAAGCAGCCAUCCAGCUGGAGAGGGCCAAGUCCAAACCAGUAGCAUUUGCUGUCAAGACCAACGUGAGUUACUGUGGGGCUCUGGAUGAAGAUGUUCCUGUCCCCAGCACUGCCAUCUCCUUCGAUGCCAAGGACUUCCUCCACAUUAAAGAGAAAUACAACAACGACUGGUGGAUAGGGAGGCUGGUGAAGGAGGGCUGCGAGAUCGGCUUCAUCCCGAGCCCGCUGCGCCUGGAGAACAUCCGCAUCCAGCAGGAGCAGAAGAGAGGCCGCUUCCACGGGGGGAAAUCCAGUGGCAAUUCUUCUUCAAGCCUUGGAGAGAUGGUCUCUGGCACGUUUCGAGCCACACCUACAGCCACAGCAAAACAGAAACAAAAAGUGACAGAACAUAUUCCCCCCUAUGAUGUAGUGCCAUCAAUGAGACCUGUGGUGUUGGUGGGCCCAUCACUCAAAGGCUAUGAGGUGACAGACAUGAUGCAGAAAGCUCUCUUUGACUUCCUGAAGCACAGGUUUGAUGGGAGGAUAUCCAUAACCAGAGUGACAGCUGACAUCUCGCUGGCCAAGAGGUCUGUGCUCAAUAACCCCAGCAAGAGGGCCAUCAUCGAGCGCUCCAACACCAGGUCCAGCCUAGCUGAAGUGCAGAGUGAGAUUGAAAGAAUCUUUGAGCUGGCCAGGUCCUUACAGCUGGUUGUCCUGGAUGCAGACACCAUAAACCACCCUGCACAGCUUAUCAAGACAUCUCUAGCACCAAUCAUUGUCCAUGUGAAGGUGUCCUCUCCAAAGGUUCUGCAGCGGCUGAUCAAGUCCAGAGGGAAGUCACAAAGCAAACACUUGAACGUCCAGUUGGUGGCAGCUGAUAAACUUGCACAAUGCCCACCAGACAUGUUCGACGUGAUCCUGGACGAGAACCAGCUGGAGGACGCGUGCGAGCACCUGGCCGAGUACCUGGAGGCGUACUGGAGAGCCACGCACACGUCCAGCGCCGCGCCCAUGACGCCCCUGCUGGGCAGGAGCCUGGCCCCGGCCGCGCUGUCCCCGUACCCCGCCGCCAUCUCCGGCCUGCAGAGCCAGCGCGGCCGGCACGGCGCGCACUCCGCCGAGAGCUCUCCCCUCGAGCGGCGCAGCCUCAUGAGCUCCGACGAGAACUACCACAACAACGAGAGGGCUCGCAAGAGCAGGAACCGCCUGUCUUCCAGUUCCCAGCACAGCCGAGAGCAUUACCCCCUGGUGGAAGAGGAGUUCCCCGACCCCUACCAGGACUCGUACAAACCCCACCGCGCCCGCGGCUCCCCCGGCGGCUACAGCCACGACUCACGGCACCGGCUCUGAGUGCUGGGACUGGGGAGGAGCGGCAUCCAC